CGAUACAUGCAUGGGUCCACCACAGUCCAUUCGCCAUCCGGCAGUUCGUGUCUGCGACUUUGCGUCGGUUCAGUUCAGUGACUUCACUCACAGACUCACAACCACUGUUCUUUUUUCUGCAACGGUAACAUCGCGCACUAAAGAGGGCCGAUUUUCCGUCUAUCAGAAAGUUAGUCUAUGAGAGUACGGGUACCCAACUGCACAUAUAUAUAAAGCGAAAAGAAAAGCGUAAUCUCAGUUCAUCAGUGUCGGAGUCAUGGAGACGGAGAGGCUGCGACCAACAGUAACUCAGCGCGAGCAGUGGGAAGUGGAAGCGAAGGUUUCCGAUAUUUAUCAACUCUUCAGUAGUGUUCCUCACCAUGCCCAAACUAUAAUGUCGGAGCUUCGUCGUGAUAAGCACCUGGAUUUUGUCACCAAAGGUCUUGGACGACUUGGACCUAGCUACUGUGUGUUGGACGCGAACCGACCGUGGCUCUGUUAUUGGAUCCUUCACUCAAUUGCUUUAUUGGGAGACUCCGUUGACUCUGAAUUGGAGAACAAUUCUAUUGACUUUCUCAAUCGUUGUCAGGAUCCAUGUGGUGGAUAUGCUGGUGGGCCUGGACAGAUACCUCAUCUUGCAACAACUUAUGGUGCUGUAAAUUCACUUCUUACUUUGGGUGGUCAGAGGGCCUUGUCAUCAAUUAAUAGAGAUAAUAUGCGCACAUUCAUGUUGCGGAUGAAACAGCCAUCGGGGGCCUUCAGAAUGCAUGAUGCAGGUGAAAUUGAUGUUCGGGCUUGUUAUACUGCUAUUUCUGUUGCUAGUGUUUUGAAGAUUUUGGAUUAUGAGCUGGUGCAGAAUGUAGGAGAUUAUAUCCUAAGCUGUCAGACAUAUGAAGGUGGUAUUGCUGGAGAGCCUGGUUCUGAAGCUCAUGGUGGGUACACCUUUUGUGGCUUAGCAGCAAUGAUUUUGAUCAACGAAUCGGAUCGGUUGGACUUGCCCAGUCUAAUUAACUGGGUAGCAUUUCGUCAGGGAGUGGAAUGUGGAUUUCAGGGGAGGGCAAAUAAACUGGUUGAUGGGUGUUACUCCUUUUGGCAGGGGGGUGUAUUUGCAUUAAUACGAAGGCUACAUUCACUCAUUGAUCAACAACUGAGGCCGUCAGAAGUUGGUGAAGGAAACCUGACCUCAGGGAACAUAAAAACUGCAGCAUCUUCUACUUUAUCCAAACAGGUUUGCGGUUUGGAACUGACUUCGUCUGAUGAUGAUGAGACUUCCCAUUUUGGAGGUGGAGCUGAUGCAGAACUUUCCGAUAUUGGUUACUAUUUUGUCAAAGGGCGUGCCGAGUUGGAGCCUCUUUUUCACAGCAUUGCACUCCAGCAAUAUAUACUCCUUUGUUCUCAGGUACAGGAAGGAGGGUUCAGGGAUAAACCUGGGAAGCAUAGAGACUAUUAUCACACUUGUUAUUGUCUCUGUGGUCUCUCUGUGUGUCAAUAUAGCUGGUCUAAGCUUGCUGAUUCUUCACCAUUGCCAAGGUCACUGUUUGGUCCAUAUUCCAACCUGUUGGAGCCCAUCCAUCCUCUCUACAACAUUGUCUUAGAUAAGUAUGAAGAAGCACAUGAUUUCUUCUCUAGGUCUUAAGAUAGUGAGCAUCAUCUUUCUUCCUCUGAAAAAAAAGUUCACUCUAGCUUGUGUUCCAAAGUAAGUGUUAUUGGAAGGUGUGUAAUUAUAUCCUUGAUUGUUAAACCCCCCCCCCCCCCACCCAAAAAAAGCACUUUUUUUAUAUGCUUUAUUAUUAGGGGGAAGAGGAAAGGGACCAAAAAAAAAGGUUGAAAAUUUAUGUUUGAUUUUUCACUUGAACUGGCUUGGAUAUAAAGUAAUUAUGUGUUCUCUCAUUAAA